GCCCGGAAGGGACCAGUCGCGCUUCCGUCCCCGCGGGGGAGGCACGGAGGGCGGAGCAGCAGCCAGAGGACGCGACGCGAGCCCAGUUCCGGCGAGGAGGCCGCGCCAGUGACAGCGAUGGCGGCGGAGUCGGCGCUCCAAGUUGUGGAGAAGCUGCAGGCGCGCCUGGCCGCGAACCCGGACCCGAAGAAGCUAUUGAAAUAUCUGAAGAAACUCUCCACCUUGCCUAUUACAGUAGACAUUCUUGCGGAGACCGGGGUUGGGAAAACGGUAAAUAGCUUGCGAAAACACGAACAUGUCGGAAGCUUUGCCAAGGACCUAGUGGCCCAGUGGAAGAAGCUGGUUCCUGUGGAACGAAACACUGAGCCUGAUGAACAGGACUUUGAGAAGAGCAAUUCUCGAAAGCGCCCCAGGGAUGCCCUUAAGGAGGGGGAGGGGGAGGGGGACUACCCAGGCAGCUGGAGAGCCUCCGGCAGCCAGUCGUGCAGUCCUGAUAACAGGCAGAAGAAACACAGAAAACUCCCGGAGCUUGACCGGCCUCACAAAGUAUCUCACAGUCAUGAGAGGAGAGACGAGAGAAAGAGGUACCACAGAGCUUCUCCAGUUUACUCUUCAGACCACGAAUCUUCGGACUACGGCCAUGUUCAGUCCCCACUGUCAUCCGCCAGCCCUCAUCAGAUGUCUGUGGACCAUUACAGAUCCCUGGAGGAGGACCACGAGCCCUUUGUUUCACACCAGAAGCCUGGCAAAGGCCACAGUAAUGCCUUUCAGGACAGACUGGGGGUCAGUCAAGAACGACACCUGGGUGAAGCCCAGGGGAAAGAGGUCGUGAGUCAGAGCAAGGAGCACAGAUCUUCCCAUAAAGAAAAACGUCCGGUGAAUUCCAAAGGAGAUGAGAAGUCGUCUCUGAGCAGAGAAAAAUCACACAAGGCCAUCUCCAAAGAGGAAAACCGGCGGAGGCCACCCUCAGGGGACAGUACAAAGGAGAAAGCGCCCUCUAGUGGUGUCAAGAAAGAGAAGGAAAAAGAGGGCAGCACCAAGAAGCUUUUACCCCCCUUGGAGGUGGCAUCAGACAACCACCUUAAAAAGCCAAAAUACAGAGACCCAGAGAAAACCAAAUCAGACAAAAACAAGCAGAGUCUAGAAAGCUUAGACACAGGCAAGGGGGCAGGAGACCUGUUGCCCAAGGCAAAAGAGAAGGUUUCUAACAACCUAAAGGCUCAAGAAGGAAAAGUAAAACCUUCUCAUUUAGAUAGAAAGUCCGUGGGCUCCUUCCUUAAAGCUGAGGAGGCAGACGUGGAUGAUGAAUUCGAGCAGCCCACCAUGUCUUUUGAGUCAUACCUCAGCUAUGACCAGCCCCGGAAGAAAAAGAAAAAGAUCGUGAAAACUUCAACCACGACUCCUGGAGAAAAAGGAUUAAAAAAAAAUGAUUCAAAGAGCACUAGCAAAAACGUGGACUCAGUUCAGAAACUACCUAAGGUGAACGAAAACAAGUCAGAGAAGCUUCAGCCAGCUGGAUCCCAUUCAGCCAAGCUGAAAAAGGUCCCCAGCGAUGUGCUGCCAGUGUUACCAGACCUUCCAUUACCUGUGAUACAGGCCAAUUACCGCCCACUUCCUUCCCUUGAAUUGAUAUCUGCCUUCCAACCAAAGCGAAAAGCACUCUCCUCAUCCCAGGAAGAGGAAGAAGCUGGAUUCACCGGACGAAGAAUGAAUUCCAAGAUGCAGGUCUAUUCUGGUUCCAAGUGUGCCUAUCUCCCCAAAAUGAUGACCUUGCACGAGCAGUGCAUCCGGGUGCUUAAAAACAACAUUGACUCAAUCUUUGAAGUGGGAGGCGUCCCAUAUUCUCUCCUUGAACCUGUUUUGGAGAGGUGUACACCUGAUCAGUUAUAUCGCAUAGAGGAGUACAAUCACGUAUUAAUUGAAGAAACGGAUCAAUUAUGGAAAGUUCAUUGUCACCGAGACUUUAAGGAUGAAAGGCCAGAGGAGUAUGAGUCGUGGCGGGAGAUGUACCUGCGGCUUCAGGAUGCGCGAGAGCAGCGGCUGCGACUCCUCACAAAGAAUAUCCGAUCUGCGCACGCCAAUAAGCCCAAAGGCCGACAAGCAAAAAUGGCCUUUGUCAACUCUGUGGCCAAGCCACCUCGUGAUGUUCGGAGGAGGCAGGAGAAGUUUGGAACAGGAGGUGCAGCUGUGCCUGAGAAAAUCAGGAUCAAGCCGGCGCCGUACCUCUCAGGAAGCAGCCGCUUGGGCAGUGGCGGCAGCAACAGCUUUAACGCCAGCCCCGAGGAGCCAGCCUACGACGGCCCGAGUACCAGCAGUGCGCACUCGGCACCCGUGGUCAGCAGCACUGUUUCCUGUGAUCCUAGGAAACCGACUGUGAAGAAAAUUGCCCCAAUGAUGGCCAAGACGAUUAAAGCGUUCAAGAACAGAUUCUCCCGACGAUAAACUGAGGACUUAGCUUGGAAAUGACUUAGCUUGGAAAUGAAAUUUGCGGGGAGGAAUACGAGGACAGGGUGGGGGGGUUGGGGAAUGGAACUUCCAGAGAAGACCAGGAUCUUUCGCUUCGUGGAGGCUUUUGGUCUCCGAGUCCUGCACAGUCAGCAGGCGUCGUGCCUGUGCCUGUGUCCGCAGCUGCCGCCUCCCUGCCUGGCGAGCACUUCCGAGUUCUGAAGAUGUGAAGCCUCACGCUCACUGAGGAUUUUAAGGUCAAUUGUACCUUUGUUGCUAAUUACCUUCUUUGUAAACUAUAAGACAUAGUUUUAAUUAAUAAAUAUUGCCCCCAGAUCGUAUUUAUAUUACCCCCAGGUUUUUUUUUGUUUUUUGGGGGGUUUUUUUUGUUUUUUUCCGGUCCUCUACCACACACUUAGCCUUUUAUUUUUAGGGUUCUUUGUUAGACAAAAGCCUAUUGAAAGCCUUUCCCCUGUCCCAGUUCAUCUCUCCUGAGCAGACUUUGGCCCAUAGAGAGGACUGGGUGUCCCCAGAACCUGUGUGGCACGUGCUGCACGUAGAGCGAGGAAUGGGUCCUGGGCUGCCUGUCCUGGAGGGGGAGCCCCGGUGUGGUGACAGGAAGCGUUCAGGUCGGACACCCCCCACCUCUGAGACCCUCAAUUGCUUUGAGGUCCUGUGCAGGUGCAUCUCUUUCCUACUCAUUCAGGGAAUUAUUUAUUAAGGGAAGUUCUAGAGUCUUUCCCCCCAUCCUUUUUGCCAGGUCCCACUGUUUUUGAGGCUCACGAGAGGGCACAGAACUCCAGUAUUUUUACAAUUUCCAGUUUCUAAUUCAAAGCUUUAGGGUUUUUUUCCUCCCCUGUUUUUCCUCCUCCCCACUGGCAUGGGCAAGACCCAACCACAUGGCAGGGCUUUCUGUAGGCCCCUGAAUACAACUUUAGAGUUUUAAAAUCCAGCACUGUAAUCUCCUAGUCCCUGUGAAUUGCUACUAGAAGUGAAUGGUUUUAAAAGGUAAUGCUGUGUUGGAAAUUGGUUUUGUUUUUGCCUUUCUUUAAAAGGUAAGAUCAUGUGAUUGAAAGAGCACAACAAUUUGCUAUGUUUUGCAGAGAACUUAGCAGCUUGAAACUCUACUUUUUGAAUCUUUAAACCAGAACUUGGAGGUAAGGGCCAGUUUAAGGAAAGGGUUUGAGCUGUAGCAUCAGGAUGGGGGAGCCACAAGGGCAUCCACCAGUCUUGGGAAGGGAGUAUCUCACUUUCGAGUUGACAUAGGGGGAGAAAUCAGAACUAGGAGGACAGUGUCAGUGUCCUUCUUGGCCGUUGAAGGACACUCAUCUAGUAGGAACCCACUUGGUUGUGACCCAGGUAGAAGUAGAUACUAUAAAUUGGAGAAGCCCAUCCCUAAGAAACCUGAGAAGCAGAUUGAGGGCGUGGUUAGUGUGAUAGCCCAUGGAGCUUGGCAGUUACCAGUCCCUUUGACAAGCUCACUCAAAGCCCAGAAUAUGGAGCCCGCUGUUUUUAACCAUCCUGGAGACCUCAGUUAGGCUAACUCUGAAGACUGCAGAGCGAUGCAGCAAGAAGUCUGUGCAGCAGAAGCAUUGUGUCAGUGUGCGUUGCUGUGCAGGGUACCUGCGGGACACAAGUAUUGCUGUGUUUUAAUUUGCUGUAUUUUUGAAUUGGGUAAAGCGUUCUUUCUCUUGAUUGUUUGUAUUACCAUUCCACCAGUCCCCCGGCCUGCUCCCCAAAUGUGAUAUUAGAAAGCCUCUUAUCUAAAACCAAAUGAGCGUCUGGGUCAGGUGCCAGACACCUGUUGCCUAGAAUAGCUUCCUCUAGGUGUCCACGCCUUGAAUUUGUCUCUUACCUGUGUGUUCAAGUCUUUACCAUUGAAACCAGUUUUUCAUAUUUGAUACAGUUGUGUAUGAUUUAAUUUCCUUUAUUAGGAGUCUUUGGUCAGGGAGGGAAGAAAAGACACAUCGCAACAUCACUGUCCAUCUUUGGAUCACCCCUGUUUGCAUAGAGCCAGAUCUUUCCCUCUCCCCCUCCAAGACUGUCUGCAUCAGGGAUGUGACUUGGUGAGAAGAGGGAAGAGGAAAAACUGAGUUUCUAAGCUACCGCCUCUCCUGGGUUAUUGAAAUGCCUGCAGAGCAGACACAGGAUGAUGUUGAACCUUUGGUCUCAUUUGUGAAAACUUGUGCAAUUUUUUUUUUUCUGUGCUACACUACAUACAAAUCACCGAACUGCAAAUGAACUUAACCUUUGUGAUCCUUGGUGUAAUGAGCAGUUUCUUUGGGGCUUUUCCUUUCUUUCCGGGAAGUGGGAGGGAAAGGAGCAAGGUAUUAUCUUGCUCUUCAUUUGUAUUUUGGUCCCAAAAUGUAAAUACAAUUUUCUAUGUUACUUUUUUGUGGUAACUACCAAGAUGAAUAUUUUAAUUAGAUAAGUUAUAUGAAAAGGAAGGAAAAUUCCAUGUCUAAAUUAAAAAAAAAACAAAAACACCA